CCUGGAGGGGCCGGAAGUGGGCCUUGUUCUCGCUUCCGGCUCUGCCAUUGUUUUCGCUUCUGCGGGCCACGGUUGUGUCCCGCACCCAGGGGUCACCGCUACACUACCCCGGAACUGAAGCCUAGAGAGAAGUAGUUUACCGAGGUUCCUGAGUUGCAUGGUGACUAGCCUAGACGCUCUGGUUACAAUGAAGGUGACACCCCAUCACCCUAUUCCCCCAACUCUGAAAAACAGCUCCUGAAACCUGAAUUAUAGAGCAUCAUUUUAAUUGGACAAACUGCAGCUGAAACAAGCUUCUCUUUGAGGUCACGAUGGCCACCCAAGGCAGGGGAACUUUAGGCCUCAUCCCUAGGGGUGCGGUUCUGCAGAAGCAGGAGUGGCGCCAGACCAUGAAGCAGGAGCCAGGGAGCCAGACCUGGGGUCAGGCCUGCAAUCUCCAAAAGAACCACCCUCCCGUCUGUGAAAUUUUCCGGCUCCACUUCAGACAGUUAUGUUAUCAUGAGAUGUCUGGGCCUCAGGAGGCACUGAGCCGGCUCCGGGAGCUCUGCCACUGGUGGCUCAUGCCAGAGGUACACACUAAGGAGCAGAUUCUGGAGCUGCUGGUGCUGGAGCAGUUCCUGACCAUUCUGCCUGGGGAGCUCCGGACCUGGGUGCAGCUGCAUCAACCUGAGAAUGGUGAGGAGGCUGUGGCUGUGGUGGAGGAUUUCCAGAGACACCUCAGUGGACCAGGAGAGGUUUCAACUCCUGCACAGGAACAGGAAAUACAUUUGGAGGAGACCACAGCCCUGGGCACAUCAGAAGAAUUUCUUCCUACCUCGCCCCUCAGUGAGGGUUCAGCCCCUGGAGCCCACCUGGAGCCUCCUCAGGACCCAGGGACAUACCUCCUCCACAAUGGGCACUCUGGUCAGUGUGCUUCCCCGGUGCCUGCCGUUUCCCAAGCUGGGAAGUCAGGAGACCAGGCAGCAGCAACUGUGCUUCGGAUGGUCAGGCCCCAGGGUUCUGCAGCGUACGAGUUCCUGUCUGUGGACUAUACCGAGAGGAAGUGGAAAGGUCCGGCACUCAGUCAGAGAGCCGUGUACCGGAGCCUCAUGCCGGAAAAUUAUCGCAGAGUGGCCUCAUUGGCAAAUGAGACUAGGAUGGAGUGUCCAGAUUUGCCUGCAAAGCAGGAAGUUUCUAAAGGACUGGGGUCAUCUGAUGGGACAUCAGGAGGCCUCUGUGGGAUGGUUUCUGGGGAACCAGAAGCACGAACUGCCUGUGAAGGUGCUUUAGAGAAGCUGGAAGGGCAACCCUCAGAUGAGGAAGGGAGCAGACUGGAAAGUGAUUUCUUCAAACUAACACACAAGGAUAAAGGUAAAUCCACAAAAGAUGGAUGUGAUGAAUAUAAGGAUCCAAAUCUGUCCUCUAGUGCUACAGAACAUCAGAGAGUUCUCAAGGGACAGAAAUUUUACCAGUGUGAUGAAUGUGGUAAAGCUUUCAAUCGGAAUUCGCACUUCAUUGGGCACCAGAGAAUCCAUACUGGAGAGAAACCCUACGAGUGUAAUGAGUGUGGGAAAACUUUCAGGCAGACCUCUCAGCUCAUAGUUCAUCUCAGAACCCAUACAGGGGAAAAACCCUAUGAGUGCAGUGAGUGUGGAAAGACUUACCGACACAGCUCCCAUCUUAUUCAACACCAGAGACUCCAUAAUGGCGAGAAACCAUAUAAAUGCAAUGAAUGUGCUAAAGCCUUCACUCAGAGUUCCCAACUAAUUGACCACCAGAGAACCCAUACUGGAGAGAAACCUUAUGAAUGCAAUGAGUGUGGUGAGGCCUUUAUUCGGAGUAAAAGUCUCGUUCGACAUCAGGUACUUCAUACUGGUAAGAAACCUUACAAGUGUAGUGAAUGUGGGAAAGCUUUCUGUUCUAAUAGAAAUCUUACUGAUCAUCAGAGAAUCCAUACUGGCGAAAAGCCUUAUGAGUGUAAUGAAUGUGGCAAGGCCUUCAGUCGGAGUAAAUGUCUUAUUCGACAUCAGAGUCUCCACACUGGGGAAAAACCAUACCAAUGUAGUGAAUGUGGGAAAGCCUUUAAUCAGAACUCUCAGCUUGUUGAUCAUGAGCGAAUUCAUACUGGAGAAAAACCUUUUGAAUGUAAUGAAUGUGGUAAGGCGUUCAGUCUCAGUAAAUGUCUUAUUCGACAUCAGAGACUUCACACAGGUGAAAAGCCCUAUAAAUGCAACGAGUGUGGAAAAUCCUUCAAUCAAAACUCACACCUCAUUAUACACCAAAGAAUUCACACUGGUGAGAAGCCUUAUGAAUGUAAUGAGUGUGGGAAGGUCUUUAGUUAUAGCUCCAGUCUCAUGGUACAUCAAAGAACCCAUACUGGGGAGAAACCCUAUAAAUGUAGUGAUUGUGGGAAAGCCUUUAGUGACAGCUCACAGCUCAUUGUACAUCAGAGAGUUCACACUGGAGAGAAGCCCUACGAGUGUAUUGAGUGUGGGAAAGCUUUCAGUCAGCGUUCCACUUUCAAUCACCACCAGCGAACUCACAUCGGAGACAAACAGUAUGUAUGUACUGAGUGUGGGAAAGCCUUUAGUCAGAGUGCAAACCUUACCGUACAUGAGAGAAUCCACACAGGGGAGAAACCCUAUAAGUGUAAAGAGUGUGGAAAAGCCUUCAGUCAUAGCUCCAACCUUGUGGUUCAUCGGAGAAUCCACACUGGACUGAAGCCCUACACAUGCGGUGAAUGUGGGAAAUCUUUCAGUGGUAAGUCACACCUCAUUCGGCACCAGGGAAUCCAUAGUGGGGAGAAAACUUACGAAUGUAAGGAGUGUGGGAAAGCCUUUAGUCGGAGUUCAGGUCUUAUUUCACAUCACAGAGUUCAUACUGGGGAGAAGCCCUACACUUGUAUCGAGUGUGGGAAAGCCUUUAGCCGUAGUUCAAACCUUACUCAACAUCAGAGAAUGCACAAAGGAAAAAAAGUUUACAAGUGUAAGGAGUGUGGGAAAAUAUGUGUCUCUAAUACAAAGAUUAUGGACCAUCAAAGAAUUCACACAGGAGAGAAGCCUUACGAAUGUGAUGAAUGUGGAAAAGCUUUCAUUUUAAGGAAGACCCUUACUGAACAUCAGAGACUUCACCGCAGAGAGAAACCUUACAAGUGUAAUGAAUGUGGGAAAGCUUUUACUUCUAAUCGAAACCUGAUUGAUCAUCAGAGAGUUCACACUGGCGAGAAACCCUAUGAAUGUAAUGAAUGUGGAAAAACCUUCAGACAGACUUCUCAAGUUAUUCUACAUUUGAGAACCCACACUAAGGAGAAACCCUAUAAAUGUUGUGAAUGUGGGAAAGCCUACCGCUAUAGCUCACAGCUUAUUCAACACCAGAGAAAACAUAAUGAGGAGAAGGAAACCUCAUAAAUGACAUGUAUUGUGGAUAGUAGGCCCAACUGCUACUUUUUGGAAAAACCGGCUUUCAUUAUUAUCAACCUUAAUUCAAUUUCUGAGACUCCAUACAGGGGAAGUUACCAGAAGUAGACAAAGUUUAACAAAGGGAUAUUCAUGCCAGCAUCAUAUAUAACUGAAGGAAGAGAACUAGAUUUUCAGUAACACUGGGUUUAAAUGAAUAAUGGUCUAUCCACAUGAUGGUUUUGCAGCCAUUAUAAACAUUUUUAAAGAAUAUUUAAUGCCAUGGGGGAAAUUAUUUGUAUAAAAUGGAAGAUAAAGAAAAAACAAGUUUGAUCCAAAUUAAAAAAAAAAAAAUUUACGUAUAGGAGAAAAAUGAGAAUGAAAUAAUACCAAACCAAAAUGUUAACUGUGAUUACCAUUGGGUGAUAGAAUUAUAGGCGAAUUCUAUUUUCUUCCAUAUACUUUUCUAUGCUUCUUAAAGACUUUUGUACAAUGAGAAUGUACUACUUUUAUAUUCAGGAAAGUACAGUAUUUUUUUAAUUGCAAUGAGUGUACAUGCUCAUUUUCAUUCAGCAGUGUUAUGAAGGUGUGUAGAACAUAGACCCUAAACUCAUGGGAUUCCACCUUAAUACUGGCCCUUAGUAGCAGUGGAACCAUGAGGAGGUCAUUUCCUUUUAGAGCCUAUUUCCUGUUUAUUAAGUCAUAAACACUAGUUAUUGAUCUUUUGCAGUUUUAGAAUAAGCUGACUUUACAGGCUGUCAACAUGAUGUAAAAUCCACUUAAUCACUGUUAGGUUAAAAGAACAGCAAAAAUUCACUAUAUUCUCUCCCACAGUUGUUGAAGGAUCUGCAGAUAAUAGAGGCUUCAUUUUUUCAACAUAUGUCUACAAAACCAGAAAAAAAUGUCCUCUUCUGAAACUGAAAUUGCAAAUUGCAGGUUCCUAACCUGUAAAGAUGCAGUCAGCAUAAUCUAAAACUAGGGAAAGACACUGCCUUCUCACGUUAUGUACAAUUUAGUAGUUAAAAGCACGGACUUUGGGAUCAGAGACAUGUUCUGAUCCCAGAUUUGCCACAUACUAGCUUGUCAAUUUUGGACAAGUCAUUUAACUGCUCUGAGCCUUCAACUUAUCUGUAAAAAGGGAAUAACUACCUAUCUCACAGAGUUGUGAUGAUUUAAUGAGAUAAUGCACGUACUGUGUGACAAGGCUAGCACAUAGUAAAUGAAAAUAGCUUAAGUAUGGGACAUUGGAGCAGUGUUUCUAAACACGUAGAGCGAUUCAGGAAAACCCUUACGUAAGGUAGCAUUUAGGACAUUUUUGGGUGUAAUGGACACAGUAACAAGUACUAGUAGCGAAAACCUUAAGAACAUUGAUUGUUUACUUAUGGGGAAGGCUAGAGGUAAGCAGUUCCAAGUUUGGUUUGGCAACUGAGCAAUUCACUAAACUUAAGUCUUAACUCCAUAAUUUUCAGCACAUUGGCUUUCAUUUUUGGAGCCUCCUGGUAGUAAGAUGUUGGCUAUAGCUACAAGCUCUUCUCUUCACACAACUCUGUUUCAAAGUCAGGAAGUGAGGAAAGGAACUGAGGUUUUCUGACCUGUUUGCUUUCUUCCUUUUAUCACCGAGAAAAACCUUUCUCAAAAGAAGGGCGGGAUGCUAUGCAGUCAGUACUACAGGCGCUUGCUAGCUUCCUCUGCCUUUCUUUAUGUCUGGUCCUUUGAGAAGGCCUUAACCCAUUUUCAACCAAUAUAUACACCUUUAAGUCCUUAGCUCAAAAUCCAUCUGGGAAUGCUUGGAAUCUGCUCAUUCUUAAAUGUGGUCCUCCUCUUUCUCUGUAUGCAGUGAAUCCCUAAGCCUAAUGCCACUUGUCUUGUGCACAUAGUGAAGUAUUGUUAUCCCAUAACAUUUGUACAAGAAAAUUGAGACUCAGUGAGGUUAGGUGACUGCUAGUUAGUGAUUGGAAUGAGGAUUUGAACUCAGAUCUGAGUGUUAAGUCCACGCUUUCUUCAUUAUACCAAAGUACCUCUGCCUGCCAUGGUGGUUCUGUACAUGAGUGGGAGGCCAGUUGGGAUUCUCCUGAGUGAAAGGUAAUUGUAUCUGGAUAGUUAUUUGCCCAUGGUUUCAUGAGGAAGAUGCUAUCUAUCUCCUCUGAGUUUGAUUUAUGGUUUAUCUCUGCACCUUGUAAUUUAGUUUAAUGAUUAUAUAUUUCUGCCUUUCUCUUACUGGAGAAAAAGAAGCAAAAGGUUGUGAAGGGUAUAGUUGUGUGAAAAUGGAUUGUUUGGUUUUGUCCUAUUUUGAUAGGAUAGUGGCUUAUGUGCAAUUAUGUGAUGUAAUUGUCCCUCUUUGCACAGUUAUUCAAAGCAAGGUUUGGAGGCUCUGGAAUGGAUUUGCUGCAUUCCAGGGAUAGAACUGUUGUAUCACCAUUGGGUAGGCACUUCCCUGAGGGUCUGGGCGGACACAAGAGUAGGGUAACCUACAUAGAGCAGUGAGUUACACUACUAUAGCAGUAAGGGUCCUUCCAUCAUUUUUCCCUUGUCACAUGUCCUUUUAAUAUUAAAGAAGGUGUUUGUAAUUAGUAUACUUUGCCUUUUGUCACGUCAGCCAUCCUCACCUGCUGAUUACCUAUGUGGAAACUCCCCGUGACUAAUGUCUAUUGGCUGUCGAAACUAAGAAAACAGGCAGUUGGCUUCUUGUGUGCCUGUCAGAGGUUAUUUUUUGAGCACUAAUUAUUACUGAGCAGAGUUGUUGAUGCUUUUUAUAUGUUACUGAGCAGGUAACCUCUGACCAAAAACAUUUUCCUAUUACUGUGUCAUAGUGCCUGAGAUUUUUUCGUCCAAUAGGCUUUCUUUUUCAUCUUAAAAGACUUGUGAUCUUCAAGAGUAAAUGCCUUCUGGAAGGAUACUGUGUCAUCUCAAACCCAGCAAUCUGAAUACAGAUCUUCACAUUUCUUGUCCCAGGCAAGCUACAAGAAUAGACCCUCACCCAUUUUCUAGGCUGAUACUUGUCUUAGGCUGCAGGAGUACAUGUUGCUAAGCGGUCCCCAUACCCUUUCAGAUAAAUAUUCUGCAAUAUAAUCUGAACUGAUAAUCCACCUUCCUCCAGGGACUUUUUCAAGACUGUCAGCUGUUUAUUUCAGUCAGAGUUUAAUUAUGAAGUUCUUACCACACUUUCAGGCCUUUUCAUGAUACACUCUAGAUUCAGGGUCUGUUUGUGUUUUUUCCAGCUUCCGGUACUAAUGGAAACCUAGUUGUUGCUUAAUAGCAGUGCUUCCUCUGCAGCCCCUCCAUUGUUAGUUUUUGUCUCCCUCAAUCCAUUUACCUGUCUUUACUGCAUUUCUUCUCUAUUCUCCAUAAAAAAAAAAAAAAACCCAGCUGUUUUGAAAUAUACAUCAUUAGACUACUGUGUAUUACCCAUCCCUGUUUUUAUUACCUACUGGCUUCCUGUGCACUCAUACUUAUGUGUUUAGUAUCCAGAAUAUUCCUGAGGAAUAUGAAGAGGUGAUAUUUUUAGCCACAGACAUCCAAGUUGCGUAGAAUUGCUCUUGUGUGGAAUAGAAAUAUAUGUGUCUCCUUUUAGUUGAGGAAGUAUGGAAAUAAAGUUUCAUUUUAUAUAGCCUUGAUUAAAGGGAAAUGUGAAAGAUAAAGAAUUCUGCAUACAGAGGAGAGAAUCUCCCUAGGCUUAGAGAUAUUUUUUAUUGAUGGUGUAUACUAUAUCAGGGCUUACUUGGAACAGAGAAGAAAAUCAAAACCCAAAACAGCUUUAAAUAACUGAACAAUUCUGUUGCAUUUAAAUCUCAUAACACCAAAUUUCAUGUUUGCUCUAUAUUUUCAGUGAUAAACUUCCUUUUAAAAAAAUUUUUCCACUUAAUAUAAACAAUUCCAUUUAAUAUAAAUAAAAUAGUACGCUCAUAUUAUUAGAUUGUUUUUAGAAACUAGACUGUCUUUAAUCACCUCUGAUGUUAGAAAACUUUUUGCAGGACAUACUUAUAAUUCCUCCAAUAAAUCUGUUGUUACUUACUUGUUUUAAA